UAGGGUUAUUGCGUAUUCGUCACUCUGGUUUCUAACCAAUUAUUGUGAUUUCUCGUCAUCCGUUUUCCUCCGGAAAAGUUAGGCGUUUGCUUAAGUAUCGUUUCCUAUCAGUAUUUUACUAAUACGAAAUAGUUGAAGAAAAUGUUUGGGUCAGGAGCUAAUCCAAUCUUAGUUUUAAGUGAAAAUACGAAACGUGAUACCGGCCGAAAGGUUCAGAGAGAAAACAUUCAAGCCGGAAAGGCAAUUGCAGAUGUCAUUCGAACAUGUCUUGGUCCACAAGCAAUGUUAAAAAUGUUGAUGGAUCCAAUGGGAGGUAUAGUCAUGACCAAUGAUGGAAAUGCUAUAUUGCGUGAAAUAACCGUACAACAUCCUGCUGGGAAAUCGAUGAUAGAAAUCGCUAGAACUCAAGAUGAAGAGGUUGGAGAUGGUACCACGUCAGUUAUCGUAUUGGCUGGAGAAACUUUAGCUGUUGCUGAACCUUUUCUUGAACAAAAUAUGCACCCUACAAUAAUAAUAAGAGCAUUUCGUCAAGCUUUAGAAGAUAUGGUUACAAUUCUCAAUGAACAAGUCAGUACGGAUCUUGAUUACAAUGAUCGAAGCAAAUUGAUUGAAGUAAUCAAUUCCUGUGUGGGAACUAAAUUCAUUGGACGCUGGUCUGACUUAGCAUGUCAGAUUGCUUUGGAUGCAGUGUAUACUGUUAUGCUUGAUGAAAAUGGCAGAAAAGAAAUAGACAUAAAACGCUACGCAAAGGUAGAGAAAAUUCCUGGUGGUACUAUCGAAGAUAGUACUGUUCUGAAGGGAGUAAUGUUCAAUAAAGAUGUUACUCAUCCAAAGAUGAGACGAUACAUUAAAAAUCCGAGAAUAGUUUUAUUGGAUUGUAACUUGGAAUAUAAAAAGGGAGAAUCUCAAACUAAUAUAGAGAUAAUGAAAGAUACCGAUUUUACUAAAAUCUUAGAAAUGGAAGAACAAUUUGUUAAGAAAAUGUGUGAAGACAUCAUAGCAGUAAAACCCGAUGUAGUAAUCACUGAGAAAGGGGUGUCGGAUUUGGCACAGCAUUAUCUUGUUAAGGCUGGAAUUUCUGCAAUCCGUAGAUUGAGAAAAAGUGACAUUAACAGAAUUGCUAGGGCUUGUGGAGCAUCUGUCGUAAAUCGCACGGAGGAGUUAAGAGAUGACGAUGUUGGAACAAAAGCUGGUCUCUUUGAGAUUAAGAAGCUUGGUGAUGAAUACUUUUGCUUUAUUACGGAAUGUAAAGAUCCUAAGGCAUGCACUAUAAUCUUAAGAGGUGCAAGCAAGGAUGUAUUAAAUGAAACCGAGAGAAACUUGCAGGACGCUUUACAUGUUGCGAGGAAUCUUCUUCUUGAACCUAAAUUGGUGCCAGGUGGAGGUGCUGUCGAGAUGGCAGUAUCAAGACUUCUGGCGGAAAAAGCGGGAAGGCUGGCAGGCGUAGAACAGUGGCCUUACAAGGCAGUAGCACAGGCACUAGAAAUAAUUCCAAGAACUCUUGCACAGAAUUGUGGUGCUAAUACCAUUAGAACUCUGACUGCAUUGCGUGCGAAACAUGCUACUGAAGGAAUGACAUGGGGCAUCGAUGGAGAGACAGGCCAAUUAGUAGAUAUGAAAGAUCGUGGUAUUUGGGAGCCGUUAUCCGUGAAACUACAGACGUAUAAGACAGCUAUUGAAACUGCUAUUUUAUUGCUAAGAAUUGAUGACAUUGUAUCAGGAAGCAAGAAGAAGAAAUCAGAUAACGAAUCUGGUCAACCUGCCCAAGUUACAGAAGAAUCUAUGAAGGAUUAAAAAUAUUAAAUUUGCAUCGUACUUGAAAAGCUUUGUAUUUGUGUUAACAUCUAAUAAUUCACGCCCUCGGUAAUUUUAUUAUUAUUAGAUUCAUGUUCAUGGAACACAUUAUUUGCUGUAUGCAUUUUUAUGAUAAUAAAAAUACUUUGACAAAGUAUUAA